GGGGGCGGGGAGGAGAGCGGUUCCGGAGGAAGUGUGGCAGGCCCGGCGGUUGCGCGGGGGAUGAGCUCGGAGAAGGGGAAUGUGUCGCGCACGCGGCCGCAGCGCUACCAGAACGCGCGCUCCUUCAGGAACGACAAGUACGACACGAGCGCGCGGCGCAAGAAAAUAAAUGCUAAGCUGCAUGAUGGAGUGUGCCAGCACUGCAAAGGUAUUUUGGAGUGGCGGGUAAAAUUCAGCAAGUACAAACUACUAUCAAAACCAAAAAAAUGUGUAAAGUGCCUCCAGAAGACUGUAAAGGAUCCUUACCAUAUUAUUUGUCGACCAUGUGCUGGUAAACUAGAAGUCUGUGCUAAAUGUGGGAAAGAAGAAGAAAUAGUUAUUCCGAUUGGUAAAGAAGACAGAACUGAGAGUGUGACUACUAAAAAUGACCAAGAGAGCAGUGGAUUGGAGGAUGAGCUGGAUUUUAAUGCGAACCUGAGUAGUGCAGAAAGUGAGGAAGAUUCUGAUGUGCUUGAAGAACAGUUCAGAUGUAUGAAUCUUGAAAGGACAGAAGCCUAAAAAAUUGAGUUUUAUAGAAACUAUAUGCAAUCAAAAGGCGUUAAGCAAUGUUGAACUGUUCUGAAAAGCUGUUCUGAAACUGUUUUGGAAAGCUGAUUUGACAUCUGAGUUCCUUGCAUAUAAAUGUUGACACUGUAUAAUUUGGAGUUUGAAUAUUUUAUUUUUCCCAUUUGGUAUUAGGAACAAAGUUUCCUGUGAAAAUAUUCAGAAAUUGAAAUUUGAAGCUUUUUUUUUUUAUACAUGUAAUAACCUCUGUUUCUCUGGAAUAAACCCUCUGUGGUACUGUUCCAAAUUCAGUAUUACAUGACUGUUUAAUGCCACUUUGUAAUUCUAUAUGUGAAAGCUUACAAUAAAUACAGAGUUUUGCCAUUAAAAAAAAAAAAGCUAGACAAGCUGUAAUAGUCUGCACAAAAAAGAACUUGCAACUUCCGUCAGUGAGUUUACAAACAGGGUCAAGAUAGCAAGUGGUCGUUAUCCUUAUGCCUGCUGUUUUUUUUCUGUGCAAAUAGAAGAGGACCUAAGUGCUAUUACCAGUAGAACACCUAAUAAUAAUUUAACAUAUGCAAGGACGCAUGACGAAUUUAUGAUUUUGUUACUAAGAAUGUUCUGAAAAGAAAAAACCUGAAGACUUCUUAGAAUUUCUCAGUACAGGUCUUUAUCAGACUCUUUUGGGGUUUUUUUUUUUGGUUCCAGGUCUAAUAUAUUUUGCUCAGAUAUGAAGACACUAAUGCAGUAUAGUGAUGUAUAUACAGUUACUCUCUUCCUGAUUGUCAGUUCUUUUUGGGGUAUUUCAUCGUGGGAAAAUAACCAAAACUUUGACCUAUGAGUAGAAGUAGCCACCUUGUGGCUGCUGUAGUUGCCUUGAAUUUUAAAGAAAAUCUGAAUAUAUGCUAUACCUUCUGCUAUCUGUGUAGUACUAAGACACUCAGCAGGCAAUAGCUUAGAAACUUCUGAUACAAAGGAUAAUUGCAUUAUAUAGUAUUGACAACAACAAGCAACAGCAAAAUUAAUCUAAUCAGUAGUGAAAUGGUGACCUCUUGCGUUGUUCUUUUCUUAAAGAUGCUUGUUAAUGCACAUACAGCCUAAAGAAUAAGCCUUUUCUUUUACCUUUUGUGUUGUACAUUAACACACCCUUUUCCUUUUCUAAACUAUUUGUAAAUUUGUUUCUUAUUAGUGUUUCUUAUAUAUGGUUUAGGUUGGAAGGAACCUCAAAGAUCAUCUGGUUCCAACCCCUUGCCAUAGGCAGGGACACCUCUCACUAGAACAGGUCACUCAAGGCCUCAUCCAGUGUGGCUGUGAACACCUCCAGGGAGGGAGCAGCUACAGCCUCCCUGGGCAACCUGUGCCAGUGUCUCACCACCCUCACUGUAAAGAACUUCUUCCUAACAUCCAGUUUCAAUCUCUCCUUUGCCAGUUUAAACCCAUCCCUCCUCAUCUUGUCAUUAUAAGACCUGGUCAGUAGCCCCUCCUCAGUCCUCCUGUAGCCCCCUUCAGAUACUGCAAAGUCACUGCCCAAAGCCUUCUCUUCUCCUGGCUGCAGAGCCCGAACUUCUUCAGCCUGUCCUCAUAACAGAGCUGCUGUCCUUUUCCUCAGGGCUGCUCACCAGCCAUUCACAACCCCAAGCCUGUGCUUGGGAUUAUGCCAACUCAGGUGCAAAAACCUAGAGUUGGCCUUGUUGAACGUCUGGAGGUUGGCCUGGCCUCACCUCUCCAGCCUGUCCAGGCCCCUCUGGAUGGAUCCUUUCGCUCUAGCAAGUUGACUGCCACAAAGCCUGGAGUCAUCUGCAGACUUGCUGAGAGUGCACUCAUUCCUCUGUCCAUAUCAUUGACAAAGAUGUUAAACAGCACUGGUCCCAGCACUGACCCCUGAGGGAUGCCACUUGUCACUGGUCUUCAGGUGGACAUUGUGCUGAUGAUUACCACUUUCUGCAUACAAUCAUCCAGCCAAGUCCUUACCCAGCAAUGCUCCACCUAUUAAGUCCAUGUUUUUCCAGUUUGGUGACCAGGAUGUCAUGUGGGAGAGAGUCAAAUGCCUUACUCAGGUCCAGGUAGAUGAUGUCAGUUGCACUUCCCUUGUCCACUGUUGAUGUGACUCCAUCAUAAAAGGCAACUAAAUCUAUCAGGUAUGAUUUGCCCUUGGUGAAGUCAUGCUGGUUACCACCAAUCACCUCUGCUUUGAUUUCCAUUUGUCUUAGCAGAGCCUUCAGGAGGAUCUGCUCCAUGAUCUUGCCAGGCACAGAGGUGAGACUGACUGGUCUGUAGUUCCCAGGGUCUUCCUUUUUUCCCUUCAUGAAGAUGGGUGUUAGGUUUGCCUUUUUUCCAGUCAGCAGGAACUUCACCAGUCUGCCAUGACCUUUCAAAUAAGAUGGGCAGUGGUUUAGCAACUUUAUCUGCCAGUUCCCUCAGGACUAGGACUGGUGGGUGGAUCUUGUCAGGCCCCAUGGACUUGUGCAUGUUCUGAUUCCUUAUGUGCUCACAAACAUGAUCUUCAAUUAUAGUGGGCAGAUCUUCCUUUUCCCAGUCCUUACUUUUGCCUUCUGGAACUUGGGCAUUGUGUUUGGAGCCCUUGCCAUUGAAGACUGGGGCAAAGAAGUCAUUGUGCACCUUAGCCUUAUCCAUAUCCUUUGUCACCAGCUCUCCAUUUCCCUUCUGGAAGAGUCCCAUAUUGUCUCUACUCCUCCUUUUGUCAUUAAUAUACCUGAAGAAGUUUUAAUGUUCUGAUCUCUGGUUAGGAUUUUAUUUGUAUUUGUCCCAACCAUGCUUUUGUAAUGAUCUCAGAACUAUUUUUUUUUUCUGUCUCAUUGAGGUCUGUUACAUAGCUGAGUUUUGCUAAGUGUUUUGUGAUAACCACUAGCAGCAAAUUAUUGUAAAAACAUUCUGCUGGGCUUCUCUCUUCCAGCGAUGCAUGGUGAUUCUUGUGACUUUUCACUGAGACAAAGUCUAAAGUUUACUAAGUAUUCUGCUGCUAUUCUAUUUCCUUCUGGUGUUCCUCAUUACACUGUUGUUUCCAGUCAUAAAGGACUAGGAUUGAUGACCCAAACAACCCAGCUCCUUUCUUCACUCACUUUAGAAACCUGUUAUAAGAUAAACCACUAGUUUAUGGAUUAAAAAUGCUUGUUUUUUCUUUUAACUGCAAUGAAUAAACCCCAAGAAAUACAGAAGUGUAACAUUUGUGGUAAGGCAAUGGUUUAUUUUGGAAGAGUGAAGCUGCAAAGCACCAAAAAGUGCUUGGUGGUGGAAAAAGACAUCUGGUGUGUUUAGAAAUGACUGGAAAUUGACUACGUGUGACAUCACCUGUUGUCCUGACAGUUGUUGUCAAUAAAGACAGUAAAUAUGGAA